AUGCACCCCUAUUCUCCUACAUCCUCUGCACCUCCAUUCUUCUACACCUCCUGCAUCCUCUGCACCCCUAUUCUCCUACACCUGCUACAUCCUCUGCACCUCCAUUCUCCUACACCUCCUGCAUCCUCUGCACCCCUAUUCCCCCACCCCUCCUACACCCUCUGCACCCAUUUUCUCCUACACUUCCUAUAUCUGCUGCACUCCUAUUCUUCUACACCUCCUACAUCCUCUGCACCUCCAUUCUCCUACAUCCUCUGCACCCCUAUUCUCCUACAUCCUCUGCACCUCCAUUCUUCUACACCUCCUACAUCCUCUGCACCUCCAUUCUCCUACAUCCUCUGCACCCCUAUUCUCCUACAUCCUCUGCACCUCCAUUCUUCUACACCUCCUACAUCCUCUGCACCUCCAUUCUCCUACAUCCUCUGCACCCCUAUUCUCCUACUUCCUCUGCACCUCCAUUCUUCUACACCUCCUACAUCCUCUGCACCUCCAUUCUCCUACACCUCCUGCAUCCUCUGCACCCCUAUUCCCCCACACCUCCUACACCCUCUGCACCCAUUUUCUCCUACACUUCCUAUAUCUGCUGCACCCCUAUUCUUCUACACCUCCUACAUCCUCUGCACCUCCAUUCUCCUGCACCUCAUACAUCCUCUGCACCCCUAUUCUCCUACAUCCUCUGCAACCCUAUUCUCCUACACCUCCUACAUCCUCUGCACCCCUAUUCUCCUACACCUCCUACAUCCUCUGCAACCCUAUUCUCCAACACCUCGUACAUCCUCUGCAAACCUAUUCUUCUACACAUCAUACAUCCUCUGCAUCCCAAUUCUCCAACACCUCAUACACUCGGCAUCCCUAUUCUCCUACACUUCCUACAUCCUCUGCACUCCUAUUCCUCCUACAUCCUCUUCACCCCCAUUCUUCUACACUUCCUACAUCUUCUGCACCCCUUAUCCCCCACAUCUCCUACAUCCUGUGUACCCCCAUUCCCCUACACCUCCUACAUCCUCUGCACUCCUAUAUCCUCUGCCCCCUAUUCCCCCACACCUCCUACAUCCUCUGCACCCCUAUUCCUCAACACCUCCUACAUCCUCUGCACCCCUUUUCCCCUACACCUCCUACAUCCUCCUCCUACACCUCCUGUAUCACCUGUAA